AUGCUGAGUCACAGGCAGCGCCUCGGAAAGCACGGACGAGCCACAUGCAGGGAAACUUGCACGUGUGGUUCUGGCCGGGUACCCCGGUAUACUGUACUAAUAUGUGUAGGUCCCCGUAAUUCGAGUGAGAUUGUCAUGGCGCAAAAGCAGAUAUGGUCCGGUAUUCCCUUGUUCCCUGUAUUGGUUAUGUUCUUUAUUUCUCGUCUAGCAGAAACUAAUCGAGCUCCGUUUGAUCUCCCAGAAGCGGAAGCUGAAUCAGUUGCAGGCUAUAAUGUAGAAUAUGCGCGGGAUGCGAUCCUUAAUAGUUCACUGUUGGCGGAAGCCAAUGUCCCGGGGUCCCGGGGACUCAUUCUGACUGAAACAAGGGGCGGGUCUUUACCAACUUCAAAAUAUUCGAUUUUAGGGAAGCCAAAAAAGGGGCUUUCUGCCUUGUUAUCAAUAAGGGAGGUGGUUAAAGCAAACUCCCUCCUUGGAGGAGCUCGGGCUUAG